AUAAUGUUUAAGCGAUAAAGAGAAUGGAAGAUUAAUUGAUUUUAAAAUUCUUAUCUUUGAUGUUUUAAGCACAAUAUGAUAAAUGUAAUCUUAUCAAUUAUAGAAUGCCGUAGCUAGUAUAUUUUUAACUUGCGGUUCAAUCUAAUUGAAAUAAAAACUUUUGUGUUCAAUGCGAUUUUAAAACAUUUGGCGUUGUUUGAUUAAACACGUUAAAUAAAACGUUAUUAAAUCGAAACACUUUCUUGGUUAAAAGGUCAAUUAGAUUAGAUUGAGUUGUUUAUAAAAUGAACUUAUGAAGACGAUUAUUGCGAUACAAUGGUGGGGGGGGGCAACUGAUUGUGCACACUUCAUUAUGAGGAUGAAUCAGUUGAUUAAAACUCAAUUUAGGCUUAUAUAUCUCAACUUAAGAAAACAAUUUUCUUAAAUUUAAUUUUUAAGGUAUAUAAUUCGAUGUAAAAUCCACCAUUUGCUGAUUUUGAAGUGUUCUGUUAUGUUGUUGUAGUGCCCAGAUAGGGUGCAAGCCUUGCGGAGUCUAGUCACAACUCGGUGUCAGGUUAAAAUUAAUACAGUCUGCUCGGCUGAUAUAAUUUUGUUGUCUUGAUACGAUAUUUUUGAUUCUGUCGUGGAGAAUGAGAUUUCCCUCCCUAAUACGACAUUAGUUAUUCGUAUCUAUUUAUUUGAAUUAAUACUCUUAAUUUUAACCUUGGGUGUGGUGAUAUAGUUGUUAUGCUAAUAAAUGACACUCAGCUCAAAGAUAUACGAUAUCGGUUUCAGUUAGCAAAACUUGUGAUAACAAUUCCCUAGAGGAUGCUUGAUAGUUGUGUUUAGUGGUCACCACUCCAAUGCAAUAUGAAGAAACAAUUUUUCAGGGUAAAGCAACUUGCAGAUCAAACUUUUUCCAGAGCUGGAAAAACAGAAGCUCUGUCCGAUGAUCUACAAGAUGCAGAAAGGAGAGUUGAGUUCAUAAGAAAUGUUUGUUCGAAUGCCGGAAAGAAAUUGACAAAUCCGAAUGCUGGGCAUGAGUCAGCAAGAGAAAAACGACUGAAAAAAACUCCUGAACACCUUCUUGGCAAUUCAAUGCUGGAAAAUGUUGGAAGUGAAGAUGACCAUUUACUUAGACAAGUAGUUACCGACUGUGGAAAGCUGCAGUUAUGCCUCGCCAACGCUAUUGUAGAACAUGAAAUCAAAGUAGAAUCGAAAGUAGUAGGCCCUUUAAUUAAUGUUUGCGAUAACGAUUACCCAAACAUUAUGAAAUUAAAAAGGAACCUUAGCAAGCUCAUCCUCGAUAUGGAUUCUGCGAGAGCCAGAUACCAACAGGCCACAGCGAAACAUAGUGGUACCGGGAACACUGGCUCUAAAGCGGACUCCAUUAAGGACGAGCUGGAGGAAGCGGAGGCGAAGGUUGAGCAGUGUAGGGAUGCGUUAGCUUGCGAAAUGCUUCAGCUGAUAGCCAGGGAGGCCGACCUAUCUUCAACAUUUCUAGAAUAUGCAAGACUGCAAAAAAAUUACCACAUUACUGCUACCAAGAUUUUAGAUGAGAUUAUUCCUGAAAUGGAAGAAGCUAUUAACGAGAGCUACAUGAUGCCGGUAUUCGGAAAACCCCUUGAAGACCACCUGAGGGUCACCUCUAGGAAGAUUGCCUACCCGAUUGAGCUGUGCGUCUGCGGCCUCCUUGAACUUGGCAUCGCGGAGGAAGGUCUCUUCAGGGUUGCACCAGGUGCUUCGAAACUGAGACGCAUGAAGUUGAGCCUGGAUGCGCACUGCUUGGACUUUGUGUCGGCGUUGCAGAUCAGGGACCCGCACGUGUUCGCGGGGGUCCUCAAGUCUUACCUAAGAGAGCUGCCUGACCCACUCCUCACCCAUGAACUGUACGACCAGUGGAUGGCUUCCGCCAUGAUUAUGGGCCAGGGGAACAAGGAAGAAGGACUGAACGCAUUCUGGAACGUCCUUCACAGCUUGCCGCAGGCAAACUUUGACAACCUCCAGUAUUUAAUUAAGUUCCUAUCUAGUCUUGCGAGCAACAAACAGUCAAACAAAAUGAGCCCGCAGAACAUCGCCAUAGUCAUUGCCCCUAACCUGAUUUGGAGUCCAAACGAAGAUACUAGCAACAUUGGUCACAACAUGACAACUGCAAAUUACCAUACUGGUAUUGUUGAGACUUUAAUUUCUUACUCCGAUUGGUUUUUCCCCGACGAGGUGGACUUCUACGUGACCCUGAUAAAGGAGGUAGGACAGAGAUAUCUAAACGGGCAUGGUAUGAGCGGGGAUCCACCGUCUCAGUUGAUGGAAGACAAAACAAUGAAGCGGACCCAAUCGAACGAUAGCCUCUCCGACCAUAACAGCCCUCCUCACGGAAGUCCAAAACCAGCAGUAAGGUCACGUAAACAUAAUAAAUCCACAGCUCCAAAUCCACCUGGAAUGUCGAGCAGAGAUAAAGAAGAAUUCAAAGAGAAGUCUGGGAGCCGUGAGAGCAAAGAUUACAGUCGAUUGAUGGAAAAACCAAAAGAAAAAAGCAGUAAAGAGAAGGAAAAAGAAAAAGACAAGGAGAGAGUCGAUGAUAAACAAGAAAAGAAAGAGAACCGACCACCUCCUCCCAAGGAGAUCGGUAAAAGCCCUCAGAAGGAAGAGAGCGCAAAGAAAAUAGAAGUCGUAAGAGCAGUCGAGACGAGGUCAAGUGGUGGUGAGAGGCGCCUCAGCAAAGAAGACAAUAAGCUAGUCGGAGAAAUAAACAGGCUCGAGUUCGACCAUUUUGAGAGUGCUAAAGGAAGCGGGACUGAGUUGAACAAGAGAACCUCCAAGUCUGGAGAGGACGUGAGGAAGAUGAAGGUGGAGGAUGGCGGAUACUGCACGCUGCGCAAGCCGCCGCGGCCGAUGCCCAGGACCGUCCUCGGGGACGCGGUCGGGGAAAAGCCCGCUGUACCAGAGCGGCCGCCCCAGCUCCAGCGACCUCUCAGCUUUAGGAUACCCAAGUCACCUGAUACGCUUGUUGAGGAUCGCAAUGUAUCCCUCGAAAGAACGCACAUGUAUUCCGUCGACAAGCAGCAAGUUGCGAUAAUACAAGUGAAUAGUGAAAAAGUUCCUAAUGAAAAAGGUACCGCUGAGGCGAGCGAGAAGCCCGAGAAACCUAAGAAGCCAGAGACUUUAAUGUCCCAGCCCGGCCACCAGAGGGCAGCUUCAGAAGGCAGCAUCAUUGAAACAAGCGUGAGUAGCCGCCCACCGAGGCCAACGCCACCCCCUCCUCCGGUAACCAGCCCCACUAAGAAGGACAAUACGGACCUUUAGGCAGAGCUCAUCGCCCGACUAAAUAAUGUACAGAGAGAAAGAAUAUUGUUCUAAUAUUUAGAUUUGUAAAGUAUAUAGAUGUUAAAUUUAGACGUAGUUAGCCAAGAAGGAACCCGACUGAUUACCACAGGUUUCCGACGCAUGAACAAUUAUUUUUAAUUGUCUGGUGCUUGGUAAAGUUACCAGAAGUGUUAUAAAAAAGUGGUGCCUCUGUAUAUAACUCUAUAUUAACUGCCUUUUUAUUAUUAUUAUUAUUUGUUAUUUAACAGUAAAUAUUAAUGUAUCUAAUAACUUGUAUUUAUGUUUAACUUUUGUUAUUAGAAUUAGAAAGCGCUUUUUGCUUCAUGACUGCUAAUUUUGUUAGGUCUUUCUUUAGCAACUCUCAGGGAUCAAAAUAAUUCAGAUUUUUGUCAACAUAAAUUUCUCAAACUAUCAUGCCGACUCUCCUACUUUAAAGUUAAAUUUUUUUAACUCUCUUUAAUAUUCUAAUAAAAAUGUUAGUCUACACAAUACCAAUAUGUUUCAUAUUUGAGGAUUGAAGAGUCCAAUAUUAAUUUCUGUGUUGGGCAUUUUAAUUCUGUUGUCUUGUUUUGACAGGUCUUUUUUACUUAACUAUUGCCAGUCACGUUUAGUAACAGUUAUUUUUAGUGAAUUAACAGUUAGAAAUCAAAUGUCAUAAAAGAAUAGAUGUUUUAUUGAAAAUUAAUAUUAAACUAUAGAUAAACACAAAACGUGUUAAUUUUUGCAAUAGCAAAUAUUCUAAAUAUUUAACAAUGCUAAUCUUCAGAGGGUUAUAAGUCUCUUAUUGCCUGAAAAAAUUCUGUGCCAUAUUCCUUUCUUCAUCAUCAUUUGUGAUGAAAGAGUAUUAUUUAAUUAUGAGAAAUUCAUUUUUUUAAAUUUCAUACACCAAAGGAAUAAUACAUUUAUGAUUAAGGUUAUAACAUCAGUAGUACAAUUUAUUAAAUCAUGUCUAUUUAACAAAUCUGUAAAAGUUUUAAAUAAGUAACAAAAAAGUAAAUGGCAAUACUUGAGUGAAAAAGAUUAUUGAUUCGCUUACAUCUGAAUUUUAUGUGGAAUUCCAAAAUUUUAAAUUAAAACUUGAAUUAAAAUAAGUUACAGUAGUGUGGAGACAGGGCACGUAGGUAAAUCAUUGUCUGUUGUCAACCAGCAGGUAUGGAGGGUAGGUUAAGUUUCGAGAACUUCCUUAAUACUGUGGAGGUUGCUCUUUUUAGAUUAUUAUUUGAUUUAUAUAUUAUAUUUGGUCUAAAACAUUUUAUUAAUAUCUGUACUGCUUCCGUUUCUGUUCAGAAAAAAAAAAUAUCGAAAGCUGAUUAAUUGUACAUUUUAUAUAUUUUAAUGUAUAACAACUUUAUAUUACUAUUUUUAUUUAUUAUAUUAAAUUAAUAAGAAGGUAUUGCAUUUUUGUAGCAUUCCUUAAUUAAUUCACUUUUUGGUUGAAUGUUAUUUUUAUUUUUUAAACUGCCCAAAACAAUGAUUAAAUUUCUUUUGUGUGCUUAAGAAAGAUAUACAAUUUUCAAUGACAGGCCUAAUUUAAAAUAUUGAUUAAUGUAGAAUUGCUUAAAUAAACAUAGAUUUCUGAAAUGUACGCUACUCAUCAGAGCUUUAAUCUCGAUUACUAACUUGUUAACUUUUGUUAUUUGUCUGAAUACAUUUUAAACAUAAUUUUUCCAAAUGAGACACAUUUUAAUUAAUCUUCCAAUCUCAAGCUAUAAUAUUUCCUUCUCUUUAAAAAAAGAAAAUAAUGUAUGCAAUUCUAAAUUUUAUGCUUGCUGUGUUUCACAUAUUCCAUUUAUCAUAACUGCCUUGAGAGUACUUAGAACAAUUCCUUAUCAAUGGCCAUUAUCUUUUCAUCUUCAGAACUUUCAUGAGGUUAUCUUAAGCUUAUUUUCUGCUAUGCCAUUAGAAUUUUUAAGUCUCGCAAAGACCUUCUAAAAUAAUUUGUGCCUUUUUAGCUUUACGAGAUAUUUCUAUUAGACAAAUUAGUAUUGCAGAUACGCAGAAUAUAUUUUUUUCUUCCUGCGGGUUGCUUUAUUCUAAAAAUAUCAAAGUAAAAAAAAAUAUGCUCUCUUUUUUUUUUUCUUUGUUUAGGUUUUUUAAAAUUUUACUAAUCAUUUAAAUCAUAGUCACUCUUUUUGACUUUUUUAGUUUUGACAUAGUUCUUCCAAAUGACAUUUUUAUUUUGUAUUUGUACUCAAACGAGAAUAAAGAAAAAAAAAAUCAUUAAAGUGUAAAUAUUCUCUUCUAUUGUGAUAUUUGACAUUAUGCAUAUUUUUAAUUAUUAUUUUAAUAAGAAUGUUAAAAUUACUUUUUAGCUUUCACACACUAUUAAUGUAUAUUUUAAGAAAUUGUAUGAAAGAAAAGAAAAAAAGUGAAAUAAUUGUGAUCUAUUUAUAUAAUAUUGUACCAUAAUUAUUUUAAAAUAUUAAUGGAUAAAAAACAAAAACCAAAACUAAACAUAUUUUAUUUAUGCGCGUACAAUUUGUAAUAUUUUGACGUAAAGGCAGGAAUAUUACUGUGAAUGUGCAAUGUAGCUAUAAAAUCGUAAACCUUAAAAUUAGAUUUAUCUAUGGUUUUUGUACAUGUUCUCAAAUAAGCAAAAGAUCAUGUCAUCAUUUUCAUUAAAUAUAUUUAUAUCAUUGAUAACUGCACUGAUGGUGUUC